AUGGGUAAAGGAUGGAAGAAUAUGCUGCUUGAUGCACUCAGGGCAUACAGAACAGCAUAUAAGACCCCCAUCGGCAUGUCACUGUAUCAACUGGUCUAUGGGAAGACGUGUCAUCUUCCAGUUGAGCUUGAGCACAGGGCCCACUGGGCCAUUAAGAAAUGGAACAUGGACUACAAGCUCACUGGGAGAAAUAGACAAAUGCAGCUGGCAGAGUUAGAGGAAUGGAGAGAAAAGGCAUAUCACAGUGCCAAGAUUUACAAGGACCGUACCAAAAGAUGGCACGACAAGAGGAUCAAGCCUAAGGAGUUCAAGCUAGGAGACAAGGUACUAAUAUUUAAUUCCAGGGUAAAACUCUUCGGAGAAGGAAAACUUCAUAGCAAAUGGAAAGGCACGUACACCAUCAUCAACACAUCUUCCCACGGGGCAAUCACACUCCAGGACGACGACGGUCCUGACGUGGAGGAAUUGACCGACGUCCCGGACGACCAGAAGAUCCAGAAGGACUACCCCCACACCCGAAGGACUCAGAAGGACGUACCGGAUGACCAAAAGACGUCAGAGGACCAAGGAAGACCACAAAGACCUAUCAGAUGCUUUGGCUACUAUGAGUGA